AUGGCUUUUGCAGAAGCCCGCGAGGCCAAUGGGUCUGACCUGAUUUCCGCCCUUCAUCUUUCCCAACAGGCGCCCACGAUUCUCGGCCAUGAUCCUGCGAAUACGGGAGUGGCUCCAUCUACUUCGUCUGCAGACACGGCCGAGGAGUACGGGCAGAUUGAACAGCUCCUCCUUGCCUGUCUUCGGACUGGAGAUGACAAGUCUGCCCACGCGUGUCUCGACCGUUUAAACCAUCGAUUCGGUGCUUCGAACGAAAGAGUGAUGGGCCUCCGUGGCCUGUACCAAGAAGCGACCGCAAAAGACCAGCCAGCUCUGAAGAAAUGUCUAGAGGAAUACGAGAGGAUCCUUUCGGAGAAUCCAGUCAAUGUGCCCAUUAUGAAGCGUAAGGUAGCUUUGCUGCGCUCGCUAAACCGGUCCUCCGAUGCCAUUGCGGCCCUCAUCCAGCUCCUUGAUGCCAUACCUACCGAUCCCGAAGCGUGGUGCGAAUUGGCAGACCUGUAUCAGUCUCAGGGCCUCGGUGCCCAAGCAAUUUUCUGCCUUGAGGAGUCUCUGCUGAUAGCCCCGAAUUCCUGGAAUGUCCACGCUCGGCUUGGGGAACUUCUCUAUGUUUGCGCCUCGUCUCCCGAUGGCGAUGCACCCCGGCUUGCAGGCAAGUCGGUGCAACACUUCUGCCGCAGCAUUGAGCUCUGCGACGACUACUUGCGGGGGUAUUACGGAUUGAUUCUGGCUUCGUCGCACAUGCUGGAAAAGGACUACGCCCAUGAUAGACCCUCGGAGGCAGCCAUUCCGUCGAAGAAAACGCUUGUGCAGUUGAAAAGCCUCGGGCUUCAGAAACUCGGAGACAUUGUCCGAUCACGGUCGGUCGAUGACCAACAUUGGGCGUCCAGUCGCAGUGAACUCAUUGCGGCCAAAGAACUGCUGAAUCGCUUUGAAAAGUCGCAAUGA